UUGACUUAUUUAAGCAGUCUGGCACCGGGAAUGAGAGGUGGACUGACACAAGAACAGCAGCUAUCAUACUGGGCUUGGGAGAUGGUGUUGAAACUGAGACUACAUAAACUAGAACAACCACAUUUACCCAUGGAAACACACGACUAUGGUAGCCAUGAGUGGAGUAAAGAUAUACCAGACAUGACCUCUGACCCUAAUCUUCAUCCAAUCCAAAAAGGAGUGAAGGCCCUGGGACCAUUGGCUUGUUAUGUUGCUAUCACUAUGACUAAAGUUGGUCACAGUGUUGAUUUGUUUCUGGCAGAUGGUAUAAAUUAUCAUGUGAAUCUUGUUUCCACCGGUUACCACAAAGCAUCUAUACAUGUACUAUCUGUUAUUGUACCGAUGUUUAUACAGACACCGCAAUAUCUCUUGGAGAACGAAAAAUUUGAACGGAUCAUACAGUGUAUUGUUCAUGCUGACAGAUCAGUGUAUGGUUUCACCGGUAAGCUCAUUAUGCAACAAGUAUUUCCUGGCGACAUCACAAAAAUGUUCUGUUCGAUGAUUAUGCACCAACUUCAGUGUGCCGGUACACCGGGUGGUAUAAGUCGAAAUGAUGUCUUAGAAUUCUGGUUUCGUGCGUUGGCGUCUGUGGAGUACUGGACACAAGACAGAGAUGUACAGUAUUUGUUGGAUUGCUUGACGAGAGCGGCUUUCAUGUACAAAGGAUCUGAAAACUUAAUACUAGAGAUUCUGUUCUCAAUGUACAAGUCUUUACUUGGCGCUAACAAAGAGCAGAGUGUGUUGUCAUCUUUAGUGUCUUGGAUAAGCAGCAGUAUGCCUUCGUUGAUGGAAAAACCAAGUCAGGAAUUCUCCUGGUUAGCGUACGCUGUGCUGUCAAUUGAGUCGAGGUACGAGGAGGAUUCGCAAAUGAGAAACGUGGUAUAUCAGUUAUUAAGUAGAGACAGCAAACUAACACCGGAUGCUGCUUUGAAGAAAGCUUGUUCUAAGUUGAAGCUUCCAUACAGUCCAGUAGCUGGUAGACUAUCUGUAUAUAGGUGGGCGUAUCAAGCUUUAGAAACUGACAUGGACCAUCCAUUACUACCAGCGAUAUGGCAACAGUUCUUUAUGGUGUACUUACAAAGAAUUGUGUCUGAACCAGGUUUACCACAAAGAGGAAGCAUCGGGUUAAGGUUCUUUGAGAGUUUAGCAAACUCUACACUCUUGAAGAGAUGCAAGAAGCGACUAGUUUGCACAGCUGAUUAUCACCACAAUGCAAGUAAAAAGGCUGGUUCUUCCUCCCAUCAUGCAUCUACACCAGAUUCUGAUUCAGAUACCAACUCCCAGCAUGCAUCUGAUGGAGGUUCCACGAAUGGGAGAGAGACACCUCCAUUGGAGCAGUUGAAAUACCAGACAUCUGUUGAAUACCAUCAAUGCUUAGUUAAAUUGUAUCAGACAUUUAUACUGUGGUUAGAUGAACCAAGAUUACAUGAAGCGAGUUUGUACUUACCGGCUUUACCACCGCAAUAUGACGCAGAUAAACUACUUAGAAUAUUCCACAGUCAACAG